UGGCAAUACAGAUCACAUGACCCCUCUCAUCCAGACUGCAUGCAGGUUGACAUUAAAAUGUUUUCCGAUCCACCAACCUUUGUUUCGUUUCGGUUUUGAGAUGAUACGGUUACAGUGAGUCGCUUUUACGCGUAGAUUGAGUGGGAUAAUAAAGUGUAAAAGACGAAGUGGAGGAGAGCAUCAGAGCAGCUGUUGUUUUGAGGUCUAUCAGAAAGUGCAGAGCUAAGUGUCAGCAGCUAGGUUAGGUUAGCAGUCAUCAGGUCCAGGGAGGCCCCAAGCCCACUCAGCACGGGGAACCAUGGCCAACAUCGCAGUCCAGAGGAUAAAACGUGAAUUCAAAGAGGUCCUCAAAAGCGAAGAGACGAGCAAAAACCAGAUUAAAGUGGAUCUGGUGGACGAAAACUUCACAGAGCUCAAAGGAGAAAUAGCAGGGCCCCCAGACACACCUUAUGAAGGAGGGCGAUUUCAGCUAGAAAUUAAAAUUCCAGAAACGUAUCCAUUUAAUCCACCAAAGGUGCGGUUUAUCACAAAGAUUUGGCAUCCCAACAUCAGUUCAGUCACAGGUGCAAUAUGUCUUGACAUCCUAAAAGACCAGUGGGCAGCAGCGAUGACACUAAGGACAGUCCUCUUGUCGCUACAAGCCUUAAUGGCAGCUGCAGAGCCAGAUGAUCCUCAAGAUGCUGUGGUAGCCAACCAGUAUAAGCAGAACCCUGAGAUGUUUAAACAAACAGCAAGGCUCUGGUCUCACGUCUACGCUGGUGCUCCUGUCUCCAGUCCAGAGUAUACAUGCAAAAUAGACAAACUGUGUGCCAUGGGCUUUGAAAAAAAUGCAGUCAUAGUGGCGUUGUCAUCAAAGUCCUGGGAUGUGGAGACGGCAACAGAGCUACUGCUGAACAACUGAGUUUGAUCUGCUCCUCAAUACUCCUGUUUCUCCUCAUCAUUACACUCGCCCAGAGCCUGCUCCAAACCCACUGUCCAAAAGGUCCUAUAUUAUGCAUUAUAGGCUUUUAAAUCUUUGUACAGCCUAGCUUCGGUACUGCAUGUAGUUUAACUUAAUGUAUAUGUAUGGGAAACAAGUCAAAUCACAUCCCUUCUCAAAUGUCUACAUACAAAACACCAGUAGAGGGUGCAAGGAAUUGAUCUCUUGAUGCACUAGAGGUUAAAGCAAUUGAAACCAAGUUCAAAACAAUGGCUGUUAGAGCUAAACAUUUUUUUUAAGCUGCAUAGAUAAAGCAGUUCUAGCUGUUGAACCGAAAAGAUCCAAAUGUGUCAGUUUGAAAUGGAAGAGCAUUGAACACAUACUGUAGACCAGUGGUGGCAAGAUAAAGAGUGGUAAGGUAUGCUUUAAAGGAAAAAAUAAUAAUUUCAAGUUUGUUUCAAGGGAACAUUACUAUAUUAAAAGCUCAUGAUAGUCAGUUUAGCGUAAUCUAGGACCUUCAAAGCAUCUGUCCACCUCUCAUCCUUCUGUGUGUGGCAUUUCCCUUUGUCCCUCCUUUGCUCUUCUCUUCUCCUUUCUUCUAACCCUUCUCUCUUCUACCCCUCUUCUGCUCUCCUGUUUCUCUUUACUGCCCCCCUCUGCUAUACUGCUGUAUCAGUCAGUGUUGCUCCAUGAACCAAUAUUACCGGUUUCUUGAGGUUCAUAAAACAUUCCACUGAGCGCUACAAUCACAAGUCGAGACACAUCUGCUCUCUUUAUAAAGAAAUGCCUGAUUUGAAACCCUGCCACUCCCCUGUCAGUCAGUGGCUGAUUCUUGCCUAUGCAGUGCAUUCUACGUGAAAACCUUUGUUGAAGAGUCAGAUCAUUUUCGGAGGCUCUUUCCACCAAAUCAAGAUUUUGGCACAAUGUUGGCCUGUUUUUUCAAAUGUGGACAAACAAAAGGUUGAGAAAAUGUACCUGAAGGAAAUUUUUUAUUUUUUCAUUUUAAUCUAAAGGAUGUAUUGCCAUGUUGGGUUCUCAUUAUGGUAUUUUAAAGUCCUUGCCCAGAUAUUGAACUUUUAGUAGUUCCAACCAUAUGGCUCAAAUUUAAUCCCCAAAACAUGCUACAUAAGUCUCCAAGAAUAGUUGAUAGCCAAGGUCAAUUAAAUACAAUCAAUGAACCUGCCCAGGGAUGACAGGUGGAAAUUAGCACUGAUGCUACAAUGCAUCUCUCCUGUCAAGGUUAAUGUAAAAAUUGUGCGCUGUCCCUGUCUUAAAUAAAUAAAUACAGUCCAAAAAAUUGUCUUUAAAUUCAGAAAUCAACAUUAGUAAAAAUCUAUUUGUAAAUCAGGCUAUUGUCACUGAGGUCUCACACAGUAGCCAUAAUCACCCUUUUCCACACCACAGUUUCUCCACUGUCUUUGCACACUCCUCCAGCAAAACCCCGUCAUCAUUGUACAUUACUUUCUUUCUGCCGUGUUUAAAGUGAUUUUAAACAUUUUUUAUUUUAUUUUGACUGCCUAUGGGAAUAAAUUUGGGUUCUUGUUUUUAUUCUGAAAACAUAGAAAAAGGCUCAGCAGUAACAAAUUGUCAAACAGACAAAGUAAGUUUCAUCUGUAAAUAAAGAUAUAAAGUCUGUGUAAAUUAACAAA